AUGGCGAACACGUUGGAAAGACAAUCAUCGGAGCAUAUAUGGGACUGUGGCAGCUCGCUGUACGAUUCGUUCGAGCUGAGAUCAGUCGAGAGGCUGCUCGAUUCGGCCAUAGCUUCGAAAUCCCUCUCGAUGCCGCAUCUUUCCGGCGGCCGCCGCCACUCUCUGCAGCCGCCGAAGCUUCCCGGGUCAGUUUUCCGGUGGAUAAUCCGAGCGUUUUUAAAAUUCAAGCGGUGUGGAGCCUCGAAAAGAAGCGUAAUGGGUGGUGAUGCGAUUUUAGGAAUAGAACGGUAUUGGGACAGGUCUCCAGCGCUUUAUGAGAUUCCAAAAGUUCGAAACUUUCGUCUGAAAUGA